GGAUGAAUAGCCAACUCCCUAUUCAGACCCCAAAACGGUCAAGGGGCGACAAAAUCUGUGGCAUGCCAAAGAACAAUAAACUCGACCAAAGAUUAAUGACCGCCCAGUUUUUUUUUUUUUUUUUUUUAAGUGACAGAAGCAGCAAUGCCCUCAAAUCCCUAGCGCUAUCGUGUGCACCGUAAAAAAAAGACACCACACCGGACACUAAACUCCACGAUUAAGACGCCCUAACCUUGCUUUGCACUUCGCCAUGCCAUCCUACAAGUACGAACACCUCGAGACGGGCGAUCGGUCGCCUCUCUCUUCCGCUCUGCCAGAAUUCGUUCCCGCGACAGAGGAAGGUUCUACCUCGCGGAGGGCCUCGCAUCUUCCAUGGACGACUUCAAACCGCGCGGGGACGACGGCCUUGGUUUGGCUUGUGAGGAUUGUGCUUCUUGUCUGGAUGGUCAUCGUUGCCGCUGCGUCCUUGAUCGUCCUUGCGGAUCUGGGCCGCAGUCUGCAUAGAGUCGCUGUCGGGAGUGACCAUUCCGGAAACGUCCCAGCCUUCCCGAGCGCGAUCAAGUACUUUGACUACGUUCCCGACUUUACGGUUGAUGCUUCCGAGGCAUCAGAUGCUGAAGUCGACAGCCUUCGAGAGCGAUGGGGUGAGCUUAUCCCGAAGGGCAGAGGCUGGGCACACAUAACCCACGGCCUAGACCAGCUGAGCCCUCCCUCGAGCGACGCAGAAGGCCACGACGUUCACGCCAUCGCCGUGUUCCACGAGAUCCACUGUCUUUACACCAUCAUGGCAGACUACAACAACGCCGUCCGCAACAAGACCACCAUGCCGGCGCACGUACGGCACUGCUUCGAGUACCUACGCCUGACGCUCAUGUGCCACGCCGACACGACGCUCGAGGGCAGGCCCGACGUCAUCCCCGACACCAUGUUCCAGCCGGGCGUCAUGGGCUCGCGCCACGUCUGCAGGGACUACGGCGCCGUCAAGGCCUGGGCUGUGAAUCACCGCACAAACGAACAGACGGGAAUUCUGAACGUCCAUCACCAUGGGUGAUUCGAAUGCCGGGGAGUGGUUUUUUGAAGCUUGAACGAGGUAGUUCCAUUAUAGUAAAUACAUAG